UCCGACUCAAAAGAAUGAUUCGCUGAGGAUUUGGACAUCGCCAGAGCGGAAAAGAUUAGAGCUGUCAUCGUCCAUUUCUCUUUCACAUCCACUUUUUGUCGGUUGUGAACACAGAAAGUGACUGGCAGCAAAGAGAUGUGUGAUGAAAACCAGUCUUAAAUCAGGACAAGGCCAAUCAGUAGCUAUGAGCAGUGAGCUCAAUGUGCCGAUGGGCUCCCCCACGCCCGGGGGCUCAGACCGGCUGCAGGAUGGCGGCGGGAUGGACUACAGGGACUGGGUUCGCCGCAGCUAUCUGGAGCUGGUCACCUCUAACCAUCACUCGGUCCAGGCUCUCUCAUGGAGGAAGCUCUACCUCAGCAGGGCCAAGCUCAAAGCCUCCAGCCGGACCUCAGCCCUGCUGUCUGGCUUUGCCAUGGUGGCCAUGGUGGAGGUGCAGCUGGAGAUGCAGUACAGCUACCCACGAGUCCUGCUCAUUGCCUUUAGUGUAUGCACUACUGUGCUGGUGGCUGUCCACCUGUUCGCCCUCCUCAUCAGCACCUGCAUCCUGCCCAAUGUGGAAGCUGUCAGCAACAUCCACAAUCUCAACUCCGUGUCCGAGUCUCCCCACGAGAGGAUGCACGUUUAUAUUGAGCUGGCCUGGGGCUUUUCCACCGCUCUGGGGAUCCUUUUGUUCCUGGCAGAGGUGGUGCUGCUCUGCUGGAUAAAGUUCUUGCCGGUUGACUCUGGGGCGCAAUCCACAUCAGCCUUCAAGCAGAACUGCAGCUCGUCUACGGUUCAGCCCGGCCACAGCGGCUGGCAGGCAGCCUUGGCCUCCACCAUCAUCAUGGUGCCGGUCGGAUUGAUCUUUGUGGUGUUCACCAUUCACUUCUACCGCUCGCUAGUGCGGCACAAAACAGAGCGGCACCAUCAGGAGAUCGAGGAGCUGCACAAAAUCAAGGUGCAGCUGGACGGCCAUGAGCGAGGCCUGCAGGCCGUGUGAGAUCCAGGGAAGCUAUUCAUUGCCUCUUUAAGCUUUCAAGCACAUUAAAACUCCUUCUUGAGUCUUUUGGGCUUAUAUUCUGUUUUAUUCUGAGAGGAAAUGCCUUGUAACCAGGUGGAAGGAUUACUAGUGUAAAAAUUGAGGAGGCUUUACAGGAGUAAAGGCGCACGUUUACAAAAUUUCAACCGCAAGGGCUAUUUAUUUUGUAUUUCUUUAGGCUGUAGGUCAUUUAGGCGUGUUUUAAGUGCAAUUUUCUCUUUUCAUGUUUCUAAAUACUCAAAAAUGGGUGUCAUGGAGUGGCUUGUUUUAAUAUCAUAUGCCCGUUUCUUUUCCUUUUGCGGUGCCAUCCCAGAUCGAUAAGUGUGCCACAGAUAAUGAGACCAAAUGAGUUGGUCUUGAAUCCAACAUGAAUCAGAGCUGCCAGAGUAUCUUUAACUGCAAUUUCCAGCUCUUAUAAUAUAAAUGUCUGUUUAAGCUUCAAUUUAAAGUGAUUGUUCACCCGAAAGUUGAAUAUUACCUCAUCAUUUACUCACCCUCAUGGCGUUCCAGACCUGCAAGAAUUUGCUACAAGAUGACUUAAUGUUAAUUUCCCUUUUUAAAAAAAUGUGAUUCACCCCAUUUAGUUUGUCUGUGUUUAAAAGUGAAUCUAUGAUACUGUAAUCUCUCAGCCUGCAGAAUUGUCAUCCCAAAAAAGGAUUAUUUUAAAGCAGUUCCAGUCGUAUCGCUCAUACUUGGCCUAUAUGUAGUGCAGUAUUUUUAGCUUGGGUGUGAAAUCUAGACGCUUUAGCCAGACUCACUGCGCGCUUGUAUUUCACUGAAGGUUUUGCAUGUGUAAUUUAAUGCACUGUCACUUGUCAAGCACAAAUGUGGAGUAUUUGUCCAUUUUUCAGACAAGGCCUAUUGAAUGUUAUACCUAUGGGCUACUAGAAGUUUACAUUGUCCUGUCAAUAAAGUCAAUUGUGAUUUGCUCCAACAAAUUACUUUUAAUGGGCACAGUAAGUAAUAAAAAUACUUGAGAAAGACGAAAUGCUUUGCUGAGCUGAAAUAGUUUAAUGAGAACCGAGUUCAUGCCGUCAUGCUCAUAAUAUCGUCUGGUAUUUAUGUAACAAGUCAAUUUGAGGAAAACAUUCCAAGGGGAAAAGAAGUCAGACCAAUUUCUGCCUGCCUUAAAAAAAACUAAACUGACAAAAGUGCACUUGUAGAACAGGUCAUGGAAAUGAUGUGUCCGGUUUGUUUUUAGAGUGUGCAGACAGAUUUCAUCUGCUGUUGGUCUUUCAGAAUGCAGAGUUAUAGUUUGUUGCUCCAUUUCAUGCCUUAAGCAUUAAUUUAAUUCAAUAGUUAGUUCAUGAGUCAGCUCUGUAAGAAGGCAUAGUGAAGCAUCACUCUGUUUACAGUUGCAUUUGCAGUGUGAACGCACGAACACAAACACACUUGACCAAAAUUGUGUACUCUGCUUACUUUUUCCAAUUAUGUGUGGGAAAAGACUUUUAGUAUAUUUUUUGAUACUUCUGUUGCAUUGUGCCACACUGUCAAUAGAUAAACGCAUAUCUAGUGUGAAACGUUUGAGUCCAGAACAUGUAGCCGACUAUUAUCAAAACAUUUUGUUGAGCAUGUCCUUUCACGCUCUGUACUUGUUUGUUAAUUUAUGUCAAAUAAACACAACCUAUUUUGUUUAAUUCAAAACUUUACCA